AUGUCUGGAAGCUAUCAACAUUUAUCAAACGUUGGAUCACGUGUUAUGAAAAGGUUAGGAAAUCGACCCAAAAACUUUCUCCCUCAUAGUGAAAAGUUUAUCAAGAGGUCUACUCCUGAGUUCAUGAAGUCAGAUUUGAAGGAAGUAGAUGAGAAAACUAGUUUCAAGAGUGAAAGAGAAUGGAAGUUCUUACCUGGAGACAGAGUAGUAGUAAUGAGCGGGACUUCCAAGGGAAAUAUAGCUGUAAUUAAAUCUUUCGAUAAAAGAACAAAUGCGUUUAUAUUAGAUGAGAAUGGGCCUACAAAAACUGUUCCAGUUCCUAAGCAAUUCUGGCUUGAAGGCCAAACAUCCCACAUGAUUACAAUUCCAAUUUCAAUUUUGGGAAAGGAUUUAAGAUUAGUUGCUGAUAUUGAUGAUGAAAAAGCCCCAGGAAAGACAAGAACGGUGGCAGUAAGAGAUGUUUUCUUCAAUGGUUCUUACUAUGAUGCAGACUACAAAAAGGUAAUGCCAUACAGAUGUGUAAAAGGUCAACCAGACUUGGUCAUUCCAUGGCCUAAACCAGAUUCAAUUGAUGUGCAAACGGACUUGGCCACUGAUCCUGCAAUUGCCAGGGAGCAAACAUUUUGGGUUGAUUCUGUAGUGAGAAGCCCUAUUCCGAAAAAGGCAAUACCAAGUAUUCGCAAUCCUCAUUCUAAGUAUAAAAGGGGUACCUUGACAGCGAAAGAUAUAGCUAAGCUGGUUGCACCUCAAAUGCCUCUAACAGAGGUAAGGAAAAGCUAUUUGGCAGAAAAAAAGGAGUUGGCUGAAAGACAAAUACCAAAAUUAACUGAAGAGGAUAUGGAAGCUAUUGGAGUGAGGGUUUUUGAGUUCUUGGAAAAACAAAAAAGAGAAUAA